GCGGGCGGAGGGAAGGGCGGAGCGGAGGCUGCCGGGGCCCGGCGGGGGUGGCGCUCGCCUCCGCCUCCUCCUCCUCCUCCCUCCCGGUCGGAGUCCCAGCCCCGCCGAAGGGAGCCCGGCCGGCUGGCUUAGGGAGGGCACGGCUGCGCGAAGGAACGGGGUUGGGGGGGGGCUUUCCUCCGCUCCCAGCAAAGAUUCUUUAGUUGAGACAGUUGACUGCAAUAUGGAAGACACCGUGAACGUUGAAAUUAACGCUGUAAUCUCAAAAAUUUCUGAAGCAACCCGUAAACAGAGUUUCCAGUGCCUGGAAUCAUCUAAUCCAUGAUUUGAUGCAUGCGGUUUCUAGCCCAACUGCAGAUGUUGCUUUAUCAGGGUUUUGAUGAAAACGAUGAAUAUGGUAUGCAGUCGUAGGACAUCGUGCCAGCUGCCUUCUCAGAUUGGUUUUAUCUCUGCUGAAAACAAGGAAGGUUCACAUCGUCCUACCUCGGUGGAUGGCUUGGCCUCUUGAAUAGCUCAAGACUCUUGGAUGACCACACUUUAUGCAAAAUCUGGAAUCUUCCUGCCUGAACUCCUUUCUGUUUUCUAAGGGUUCAUGUUGGGGAGAGGUCUAAAGCGCAAGCUGAGUGACUAUGAGGAGAACAUGGCUGGUCUCUCCAGUGCCUUUGACUCCAGUCGAAGUCUGUCGUACCCGCUUAAGAGGCAGCUGGUGCUCAAUAUGUGCCUCACCAAGUUACAGACCUACAAAAUGCUGGUGGAACCCAACUUGCACCGCUCCGUCCUCAUCGCCAACACGGUACGGCAAAUUCAAGAGGAAAUGAGACAGGAGAGUAAUCAGCAGCCAAUCAGUGUCUGCCCUGGCGUUACUCCCAGUUCUCCCAGCUACGCUCCGGGGAUGGAGUCAUCUGGGAUUUCCCUUCAGUUGCCUUCAGGUGUCGGUCAGCAAGAGUCAAACUGUUGCGACUUGCGGGCUGUAGAAGACCCAAUUGAAAACAGCCUGCUGAUAGUUUCAGAUGAUGAUAUGUCAUCUGCCAUUUCAUCCAUUCUGAAGGAUUUAGACUUUGUGGAAGACAUAAGCCCCCCAACCUGUCUGGUUCCUACUGGAGAUGACCAGCCAAAGUUUCCAGAAAGCGCCAGUCUAAAACUAGAAGAUGACAGACAGGAUUUGAAGGGAGCCGAAUGUGUGUUUGGUUCCUUCGAGAUCUCAAAUUCAACUAGUUACUUGAAGGAUUUGGCAAUAGAUGACAUUUUUGAAGAUAUCGAUACUUCCAUGUACGAUUCGGACUUCUGCUGCCCUCCGCUAACGCCGCCCAGGCCGCCCUCUCUUGCUGCCGAAGAACCACUCAAAACCUUUCCAUCUUGUAAUUCUUCUUCCGCCGGCAACAUGCAGAUCUGUAGAACGGAUCUGAGCGAGUUGGACCACAUCAUGGAAAUCCUCGUCGGAUCCUGAUACUUGUUUUACCCAAAGAUACUUUUUUAACUGCCGCUUCCCUUUGGUUUCAGGAUAAAAGCCACUGGAAAAAAAAGUUGUAAAGAAUUCUUUAAAACACAAACUAAAAAUAACUUGUCCAUAGUGGGAUUUUCUAAAUAAUUCCAAAAUUUACAAACCGAAAAAGUGGCAGAUUUUUUUUUUUUUAAAAAGAAAAAAAGAAAUAUUUAUUUAUCAGAACUGUGCAAUCAUCUUUUUCCUUCCAGGGUGUAUGUGGAACAAUAGGCACAUACCCUUAUCACCCCCCCCCAUGCCUCUUUCAAUAAACUUUUUUAUGUGCAAUUUUUAAUUUGUCAGAAGAAUUUACAUGCAAAACGAAUUUCAUACGGAGACGAUCUUUUACAAAAAGCCUCCUCUUUAUUUUUACUAGCAGAGUCUAUGCCGGGUCGCCGUACGUCAGGUCGCGUAGCUGGAUCGCACGGAUUGCGGACGCGUUACUAGAGAUGGGUAUAUUUUAAAAAUAAAAAAAAAAAAGAAAAGAAAAAAAAGAGAGAGAGACACGCUUUGCUUUCUUUCGGUCAGAAAAACAGAUCGAGACGCUUGACAGCAGAGUCUCUUGCAUUUUCUAAAAGCAUUCAGAACUAUUUAUUUUUGUAAAUUUUAUAGUCUUUCUACAUUUUACUACGUUAUUUCAUCAUAGUUCAAAUAUAAUGGACUUCUAGUUGGAUGUGUUUAGCACUACCUCUGAGCUGAGAUGCUUUAACUCUUUCCAGUGCUUCGUCUGAGACUGCAGAUCUUUUUUGUUUCUGGUUUUGUUUGGGUUGGUUUUUUUUUGGGGGGGUGGGGGGGGAAUACUUCUAACUCAUGAAGCUGAUCCUUUGACAGUGACCUAGCUGAUUUGUGAAAUCAAGGGUAUUCAAUGUUUUAAAAACUUUUUAAGUAUUUACAAAUGUAAUUUAUAUGUAGAUUGUGCAAUUUAACGUUUUCCUGUCAGUAUUACGUGCUUAGAUUUUGAAUAAUCUUGGCGUUCUUUAAAUCAAAACUUAUUAUGUACAGGUAGCUUUUUAAUCCGUUUUGGAAAACACUGUCCUUCAACCCUGCUUUCACUACAAAGUUUUAAGAUGAUUUUUAUGUGCAAUAUUAUUUAAAAAAAGAAAAAAAAAAAAAAAAAGAUACACAUUUGUAUCCCUGGCAUCGUGGAAAGAAAUUACGUCAAACUUCCAAACUUGUAGCACCUUUGGAGGAUACUGGAGAGCGUCGGCGUUUCUGGAUCCUUUAAGAGACAUCAAGUGGAGAAGGCUUCUCGCUUCCACCCGUGCUUACUGCUUGGUUUCAGCUUGAACUGAGGUCUCUCUCCACCCUCGCUGGUGGCUUCUGAACUACACACUUGCACAUUAGGUUUCUGUUGGGUUUUUGUUGGGUGGGUUGUUUUUUUUUUAUUUUUAAUUUUUUAGUUAUAAAACUUUUAACUUGGUUCUUGAAAGCUGCAGCACCUGUCCCGUAAGAAAAUUGGCGGCUGUAAAAGCUUCGCUUUGGUUUGUUGGGGUUUUGGGAUUUUAUUUUUUUUUUCUUUCGUUGUUGUUCUGCUGAGACUUUUGAACGGGCCAUCGGCAGAGUGGGGGGAGAAAAAUGUUGCCUCACAGAUGUGUGUUGCAUCUCGCAGAAGUUGAAAUCCUGGCCCAAUUUGAGGGGCUGGGGUGUCACCUAUUAUUUCUAGUCUUAACGGAUGCUCCAGCACACCUGCUCUGGGCAGAGAUCUCCAGGUUUUCCUGUGACUGUGGUGGUUAAGGGUCAGCUGCCCAUCCACUUUGGUUUCCCAGCCCCGUGGAGAACCCAAUUCAGGUCACAUCCUCGCAGCCAUCUGGGUUGUUUUAGCAACCGAAGGGUAUAAAAAUGUAUUUAUAUGCAUAUAAUGUAUUGAUUCUAAUAUAAAACUUCUGAUCUAAAGUAUUUUGAAUUGCUGGAUAAAGGGAUUUGUUUGCAGAGUGUAUAACUAGUUCUUGAAGAGGUACAGCUUCGGAAUGUACACAGACUGUGCAUUGUGUAUAGACUACUCUGGCUUUUCCUCAGCCUCUACUUUUUGUAUUAGAGAUACGACUGAAUAAAUCCUUGAACUCUUAAGGGCCUUCUGCACUGUGAUGAAGCAAGAGUUGUGGUUCAAAAAUGUCUUUUAAAAUUCAGCGAUGAGGAAUAAAAGAGAGAGACUGCAUCUAAUUUCUUUUUUGCAUUUGAAAAUAAGGAAUGUUAACUAUGCAGUAAAGAUAUUUUGGUAUGAAAAUUGUACGUAUCGUGUAGCAAAUAGUGAACACUUAAUAAAUCCGCUCGCUCACCUUGCAGCCCCUACAGAAACGGGAAGAGAAGACAACUCGCUUUUCGGCAUUUACAUGCUAAAGUGGUUUUUUUGGUUUUUUGUAUAAUUCAGAAAUAGAUAAAAAAUUGUUAGUAGGUGUUUUCUCAACAAUUCAAACUGCAAUUUGUGUUGAAGUGCUUGCUCAGAAGCUGUUUCUAACGGGUUUGCUCGCAUCACAGUGCCAAGACCGUCGGCUGGUGUGUCCCGCAGUUCGGUUCUGUAUGGAGUUACGUGCAAAGGGAAGUUCUUCAUUUUUAAAUAUGCACAAACUAAUUUUAAAAUCCUUCCAUGUAAAAUGAAGUUAGAGGCUAGUUGUGGUGGACCUAUUUAUUGUAUGUUUGGAAAUAAAAGCCACAGUUUUGCAGUUUAA